CAAAGAUUCCACAGUUAACGCGAAGAUAGAAUCGGCUUAUAUUUAAAAGAUGGCGAACGACUCUCCGGCUAAAAGUCUGGUCGAAAUAGACCUGGCUUCAUUGCGGGAUCCAGCAGGGAUUUUUGAACUGGUGGAAGUGGUCGGAAAUGGCACCUAUGGACAAGUAUACAAGGGGCGACAUGUUAAAACUGGACAGCUGGCCGCCAUCAAGGUCAUGGACGUCACUGAGGACGAGGAGGAGGAAAUCAAACUGGAGAUCAACAUGCUCAAGAAGUACUCCCAUCACCGAAACAUCGCCACAUACUACGGCGCUUUUAUCAAGAAGAGUCCCCCGGGCCAUGACGAUCAACUAUGGCUGGUCAUGGAGUUCUGUGGGGCAGGAUCCAUCACAGACCUGGUGAAGAAUACUAAAGGCAACCAGCUGAAGGAAGACUGGAUCGCCUACAUCUCCAGAGAAAUCCUCCGGGGAUUGGCCCACCUGCAUGCCCACCAUGUCAUCCACCGUGACAUCAAGGGCCAGAACGUCCUGCUCACAGAGAAUGCCGAGGUUAAGCUGGUGGACUUUGGUGUGAGCGCCCAAUUAGACCGGACCGUGGGGCGGAGGAACACCUUCAUUGGGACGCCAUAUUGGAUGGCGCCCGAGGUCAUUGCUUGCGACGAGAACCCAGACGCCACCUAUGACUACAGAAGUGACUUGUGGUCCACUGGAAUCACUGCCAUUGAAAUGGCCGAAGGAGCUCCUCCGCUGUGCGACAUGCAUCCGAUGCGAGCGCUCUUCCUGAUCCCGAGGAACCCUCCCCCGCGACUCAAGUCCAAGAAGUGGUCCAAGAAGUUUUGCAGCUUCAUCGAGGGCUCCCUGGUGAAGAACUACACCCAGCGCCCCCCCACCGACCAGCUGCUGAAACACCCCUUCAUCCGGGACCAGCCCAACGAGAGGCAGGUCCGCAUCCAGCUGAAGGACCACAUCGACCGCACCAAGAAGAAAAGGGGGGAGAAGGAUGAGACGGAAUACGAGUACAGUGGCAGUGAGGAGGAGGAGGAGGACGCCGCCGAGCAGGAGGGAGAACCCAGUUCCAUCGUGAACAUGCCCGGCGAGUCGACACUGCGGAAGGACUUCAUCCGGCUGCAGCAGGAGAACAAGGAGCGCUCGGAAGCUCUGCGACGACAGCAGCUCCUGCAGGAGCAGCAGCUCCGGGAGCAGGAGGAGUACAAGCGCCAACUGCUAGCGGAGAGGCAGAAGCGCAUCGAGCAACAGAAGGAGCAGAGGAGACGACUGGAGGAGCAACAGCGACGUGAGCGCGAGAUGAGGAGGCAGCAAGAGCGCGAGCAGCGCCGGCGAGAACAGGAGGAGAAGAGGCGUGUGGAGGAGAUGGAGCGCCGUCGGAAAGAGGAAGAUGAGCGCCGGAGGGCGGAGGAGGAGAAGAGAAGGAGCGACCGUGAACAGGAGUACAUUCGUCGGCAGCUGGAAGAGGAGCAGAGGCACCUGGAGAUCCUGCAACAACAGCUGCUCCAUGAACAGGCCAUGCUCCUGGAGUUCAAGUGGCGGGAACUUGAGGAGCAGCGGAAGGCCGAGCGUCUCCACAAGCGUCUGCAGCAGGAGCAGGCCUAUCUGCUGUCCCUCCAGCGCGACAGCAGCCCGCCACAGCAGACGCCCAAGGGAAUGUCCCCUGACAGCACUAAUACCCCUCGGACCACAUCCCCGGGCCCUGAGAAAGACAGAGCCCCGGCUCCGCAACCCCAGUUCCCCGACAAUGCUAAUGCCAUGGCCCAGCGGAGGAUGUCCUCCGAUAGCGCUAGGUCUCCACAAACCCAUUUCCUCGACUAUAUUUCUGUCCCGCAGAGAAUUUCCCCACAAAUCAUGUCCCAGGACGGUACUAACAAGCCCCCUCAGCAAUCAUCCCCAGACAGUGUUGAUAAAGACCAAGAAAAGCCCCCGUCUGAUAAUAGCGAUGCCCUAGUCCCCCAGUCUACAGACGUUACUACUAAAGCCCCACAGACCGGGGGCCCAGAUGGCCCCAGGUCCCCACAGACAGACCGCUUGGAGCCUUGCAACGCUCUCUGUGAUCCUCAACCAAUCAGAGAGGCCGACGAGCGCUACCGAAAGAACGUUCAAGGUUCCCCGCAGAGCGCCCCACCCACCAAGCAGCCCCCUGUUCCCCCCCGCUCUGAACCCUUCUCCAACGGCGGGUCCUCGUCGGAGUCUGCGCCCCCUGUCAUGCACCGGCCCAUGGAACCACAGGUCCAGUGGUCCCAACUGGCCUCUCUAAAGAGCAGCAGCGUGGCCCCGCCCCCUGUCGUGUCUCGCUCCCAUUCCUUCAGUGAGCCCGUGGUUGCUAGUUUUGCACAUCUGCAUCUGCGCUCCCAGGAGCCCCACAAUCACCACCAUCACCACGCCGCUGCUGCACCAUCGCCCCCACGCACUGAUCCCCACUCCCAGCCCCCGACCCAGCCCCCCGCCUUGGGCCCCGGCGAUGAGGUGCCCCCCAGGGUCCCAGUGAGGACGACGUCCCGGUCCCCGGUGCUGUCACGCCGAGACUCGCCCCUCCAGGCCGCCGGGCCGCCCAGCAGCCAAGGCGUGCAGAGGAGUGCUGCCAGUAACGUGGAGCCUCGUCUGCUGUGGGACCGUGUGGAGAAGCUGGUCCCCCGACCCGGCAGCGGCAGCUCUUCUGGCUCCUCCGGCUCCCCGGCCGGCUCCGGGGAAAGGUUCCGAGCUCGCUCGUCCUCAAAGUCCGAGGGCUCCCCGCUGCAACGGCCCGACAACGCCGCGAAAAAACCAGAGGAGAAGAAAGACUUUGCCCGACCCAGCCGACCAGCCGGUGGUGACGUGGACCUCACUGCCCUGGCCAAAGAGCUGCGGGCGGUGGAGGAUGUACGGCCCCCCCACAAGGUGACAGACUAUUCCUCCUCUAGCGAGGAGUCUGGUACCACCGAUGAAGACGACGAUGAAGAGGUGGACCAGGAUGGAGCGGAUGAGUCCACCUCAGGAGCUGAGGAUACCAGGGCCGGGAGAGGUCUGAGUAACGGAGAGACCGCGUCCCUCAAGACCUUGCUGGCCCACGAUGACUCUGAGAACGACCUGACCUCGCCCUCCAAGGAUGGCACCUUGGUCAUCCGACAGAGCGCGGGUGACAAAAAGCGCCCGGCCGCCAAUGUCUCGUCAUCCUCGCCCGGACCCGGUCCGGCUCACGGUCAAGUGCACACUCCUCAGGGUCACCAGGAGAAAAACGGCUUUGCCGGCCGCAUUCACCUGCUGCCGGACCUUAUCCAGCAGAGCCACCACUCCCCCACUUCCACCACCUCCAACUCCCCCUCCUCCAGCCAUGUCAGCCCAGCCAUUUCCCCCCAGACUCCCAUGGACAAAGUCACUGCCAUCGAGACCCAAUCGGCCAGCAACACCAUGCAGAAACACAAGUCCUCCUCCUCCUUCACCCCAUUCAUCGACCCGCGCCUCCUUCAGGUCUCCCCCUCCAGUGGCAGCUCCCUCAACAACAUGGCGGCCUUCGGCAACGACGGGCGGCUAGCAGACGCGCUGAGGGCUGACCCGUCCCGUAAGGGCUCGGUGGUCAACGUGAACCCAGUCAACACGCGGCCCCAGAGCGACACGCCCGAGAUCCGCAAGUACAAGAAGAGGUUCAACUCUGAGAUCCUGUGCGCUGCCCUCUGGGGUGUGAACCUGCUGGUGGGGACAGAGAGCGGUCUGAUGCUGCUGGACCGCAGCGGUCAGGGGAAGGUCUACCCUCUCAUCAGCCGACGACGCAUCCAACAGAUGGACGUCCUGGAAGGCCUCAACGUCCUGGUCACGAUAUCAGGGAAGAAGAAUAAGUUGCGUGUUUACUACCUGUCCUGGCUGAGGAACAAGAUAUUACACAACGACCCCGAGGUGGAGAAGAAGCAGGGCUGGGUCACAGUGGGGGAGCUGGAGGGCUGUGUCCACUACAAAGUCGUAAAAUACGAGCGGAUCAAGUUCUUGGUCCUUGCCUUGAAGAGCUCUGUGGAGGUGUAUGCUUGGGCCCCAAAGCCCUAUCACAAGUUCAUGGCCUUCAAGUCGUUCGGCGACCUGGUACACAAGCCCCUGCUGGUUGACCUGACUGUGGAGGAGGGUCAAAGGUUGAAGGUCAUCUAUGGCUCCUGCAAUGGCUUCCAUGCCGUGGAUGUGGACUCUGGAGCGGUGUAUGACAUCUACCUGCCCACACAUAUCCAGACCAGCAUCCAGUCCCACGCCAUCAUCAUCCUGCCCAACACGGAUGGCAUUGAGCUGCUGGUGUGCUACGAGGACGAGGGCGUGUAUGUCAACACCUACGGGCGCAUCACCAAAGAUGUGGUCCUGCAGUGGGGAGAGAUGCCCACAUCAGUGGCCUACAUUAGGUCCAACCAGAUAAUGGGCUGGGGGGAGAAGGCCAUAGAGAUCAGGUCUGUGGAGACUGGACACCUGGAUGGGGUCUUCAUGCACAAGAGAGCCCAGAGACUCAAAUUCCUGUGCGAAAGGAACGACAAGGUGUUCUUUGCGUCGGUGCGCUCUGGAGGAUCCAGCCAGGUCUACUUCAUGACCCUGGGCCGGACCUCACUGCUCAGCUGGUAGCGUGCGCACAGCAUGAAGACCAGGCCCGCUGAGAAGAACACGAUGACAACCAUAAUGACGAUGACUCAUGACGAUGAUGACAAUGAAGACCUUGAACGUGACGUACAGCCAGCGUACGAUGCUCCGCGGAGCAAUGCGGUGUUGUGACGCCUUCAAAAUCAACCUGUGUCAAAUUAGACCGUUGCAAGAAAAACGGACAGAAAUCAUGAAGGGGAGGCCCUCUGUGCCUCAGGCGGAUGGGACUGUGCCUCAGGCGGUUGGUGCUGUCAUCAUGGCUGUUGGCACCAAGUCCGGCUACUCCUCUUUAAGAUCAGGUAGCCUAAGCCCUAAUGCCCAGCCCUGUACCACCACUAAUAUGAGCAGAGAUCUGAGCCUGAUUCAUUAAACCACAGAUGUUUAUGUUAGUGUCUAUAUUGGAGAAUGACUGACUGGGGGACACCCGUGUCUGUCAGGGAUGGGGUCAGUUUGGACUUUUAGAAUUGUAUUCAAUUGAAACUUUUUAUUUUUUAUUGGCCACAUCCUACUGGAGGAAUUUGAAGGAAGGAAACAGGAUUCUAUUCAAAACAACUCAGACCAAUUAACCUAAGGAAUGAUACAUGAAAGUCAGAUUUUUUUGAAAAGUAUUUUAUGAACAGUAAAUGCCACUUAUUAAUGCAAAGAAUGCACAUCAUAUAAAUUAUUAGGUUGUCAAAACCAAUUGACAAACUGAAACAAGAAAAUGUGGUUAUGACAUUUGAUUGUUCUUCUACAUACUGCAGUUUUUAUCUGACACAUUCUGGAAAAUGUAUUUGGAUAUUUACAAACAUGAAUGGAAUUUUGAAUAAUUUUAAACAACAUGAUUAUUCUUUGAAUAUUUUAAGACCACUGGAAUUAUUUCAAUUAGUUUUCCAACAAUUUAUUUUUUUCUUCAACAUUAUGCUACAUGGUUUUGGGAAUAUAUGAAGAAAAUAUAAAAAUUUACAUGGGGAUGUUUAAUUGAAACAAUUCAAAUUCUGCUUCCUGUGGGGUGUGUCCAAUUGAAUGCAAUAAGUGAAUUAAAAAUAAGGAGCGGUUUGCCACUUUAUUCAGAAUUGACCCCAACCCUAAAGUGUGUGUGUGUGUGUGUGUGUGUGUGUGUGUGUGUGUGUGUGUGCGUGCGUAUGUGUGACACAAGAGAAUGGAAACAAAUGGAGGAAAAGGAUGAACAAAAGCUUGGUUGUCAUGGUAAUGGAAAGUGGUACCUUUGUGCACUAGACAGGUCAGAGUUCAUACAGUAGUUUGUUAUUGUGUUUAGUCCAGGUCAUGUUCAGGUUAACCUCAUCACAUUUUGACAAGAUAGUCUUCUGUGUUUCUCAAUUACUCUUGUUGAUAUGCCAUAGCCACAACAUGGUUAAUUUUUUUUAGGUAGGUCGUGCUUGAGGUUGAAAAUAAGUGUUGAUGUUUUUUUUCUUCACUCUGGCCUUCCUCUCAGUAAGGGUUGAAUCAGGAUCAAAGUCUGCAGAGAUGCUCUUCAUAAAAGAUGUUGACUUAUUACUUGUUUCAACCUUUCAAAGGACACUGCAAGCGUAUAUGGGGACCUUCCCAGUUUCAUAUAUUCCUGAGGGUAUUUUCCAGCCUCACUGAACUUUAAACAUGUGCCUCCUUGGCCGUGUUGGGAUAACUGUGAAUGCAUUAUGUACAGUAGACUCUACAGGACCGUCUUGGCCACGAGUCGUGACUUUAACCCACCGUUUGGUAGCAUGAUGACCGAGGUAUUACAGUGGAACAAGUAUCGAGAUUAAAUAUACCCUAAAAGAUUUGUAGAAGAAGCUUUAAAAUCCACAUAAAAAUCCAAAUGUAAUGGCAACCACAGAAUCCCUUUGUUUUCCUUUUUAAAGGGCCCCUUCACUCAGAUUAGGAUGAAUUGUUUGUCCCUACUUGUACAAUCUGUUGAGACAAAUGCAUUUUGUUCUCCCCCUCAUCACUCCCACAGGAAAUAUAUUUUUUAAAUCGGACAUUUGACUGACACUGAAUUAUUAUGACCUAUUAUAAAGCAGCAUGGGUCCCACAUUUGAGACAUUUUGUGAAAUAUCUAUAAUUGAAUGUUGCACUCUUUAUGACCAACAGAGACUACCUUAGGUAUCUCUAUCCCUCAGCUUGACUGCAUUCUUUAAAUAUCUUUACUCUGAGUGCAGAAGAGGCCAUUUUGUAAUGUUCGGUUGUAGUUCCAGUCCAGGCUGUGGAUAAAAGUGACACAACUGCUGCAACAUGACUACGACCUGAAAGCCUCUCAACUCUAGCAGCGCCUCAGUUUUAUUUAUUUAGUCGUUUUCUUGUUUUUUUCUUCGAACCGGGAGAAAAAUAAGACUGCACUUGAUCAUGAUGUUUCACGAUUCUGCCUGGUUGUUCUCUGGGACAGUUUGUCGUGGUACCCAGGCACUCUGUUGCCCCGGUUGGAGAUACUGACUAUAUAGGUUGAAUUCUUUGUACGUGUGUUCGGACUAACUUCACAAGAAUGGAAAUCACAAUGUCUCCAUGGUAACAUGUCCCUUCGAAAGCUUGACCCUCUUACAGUUAACGCCCUUCCUGUUUAGGUGAGAACAGUCCAGGCCUCUCACGUGACUACUCUAAAGAACGUAUUGCUGUAAGCGUAUAGAAAUGAGAUGCUUGUUUUCUCUGGAAAUCUGUGAAAAGCAGUGCAUGCUGAGAUGGCGAACUAGUCACACAUUUUAACAGUGUUACAAACCACUAUGGAAAGCAUUGAUAAAAGCCACAUUUUGAAAAUCCUAGUUCUAGUUUAUUAGUUUAUGUAAUUUUUGUUACCCUCAUUUGGAUUAAUGUGGCUGCAGUGGUUUUUAAUUUGUUUAAUGCACAUGUUAUGUUGAAAUGUUUACAGAAGCAAUGUUUUGUUAAACCAAUGUGCAUCAAUAUAAAUAUUUAUGGUUUAUUUGAGGGCAAUUUUCCCUUUUAUAGCUUUUGUAUUAUCAUUUUGAGGUUCAUGUACAGGAGUUACCCUCAACCUCAUUUCACUUUUCAAAACAUUACACAAUUCAAAGUGCAAAUCACUGAUUUUCCUGGAUAACACAACAGUGACCUUGGCUGUGGCAAAUUUAGUGAAGAUGUUCCUUGUUGCCCAGGUGCCAGGAUAAUUUUUUUUUUUCCUCAAGUGUUUCUACCAUGCUACUCUAAUUUAAUGUUCAGUGUAUUAUGGGAAUUAUUGUAUUUUCCUGAAGGUCUUUUUUUUUUCCAUUGAAUAAAAUCUUAAGUAAUUUA